AUGCACCUGACCGACCCCAUCCACCUCUCCUUGGAAGAUGCAGAUAACGUUGUCCCGGAUAUCGCACGCAUCAAACAUUCGUCCUUGACCGCCACUCCGCUGGGACAGUUGAGAUACGGCGACGUCCCCGCCGAGGAGGCUCGCGAAUGGCUCGAGGCGUGCACCAGGGUCGAGCUCCUCAGCGAGCUGAAAUAUCCCCGUAUCGUCGGUCUCGAGUGCGACGGGUUGGGUCGGCAUGUACCGCGCAUGGAGCACCUGGUCAUUCGCGAUCUGGAUCUGGACCUGGACCUGCCGCAGCCAACGGCACAGGGUGACGUAGUGUCUGACGCUGGAGGUGUCGUCGUCGCGUUUGCCGAGUUCCAAUAUCACCCAUUGCCAGGACAAGAACAGGAACACAGAAUAAAACCAUCUGUCUCAAAAAGUACGACAGAGACCCAGAGCAGAGUCGAAAUACCAAGCUUGACCUCCUCCUCAUCGCAACCUCCGACGAAUGUCGAUACGGAGGUCGUCAAGCUCCCAUCAUCCGCCCACCGCGCCCUCCACAAACACUGGGACCAGACCGUCGAAGCCGCUCUCUCCGCCACGUUCGGAGGCAUGCACUGCUUCGAGGUACGCGGCAUCGGCACACUCUCCCCAACACACCUGCGCAAGGGCAUCGCGAGCAGAUUGUUGGCGUGGAUCUUUCCCUGGGCGGACAGAUUGGACGUCCCUGUCGUCCUGGCCGCGACUCCCGCGGGGUAUCCAUUCUACAUUCGACAUGGGUUUGUAGAGGUCGGUGACCACCACCGCGGUGAGGGCGACGACGAGGCAAGUACAAAAGGCACGAGAGGUACGCGGCCGUUCAUCGAGUGCGACAUGGCCGAGUGGGGAGGGAUUGGAAUCCAUCGCCAUGUCCUGAUGAUACGGUGGCCCAAGCACGCGGCAGGAGUGGAUGGAACGUAA